AUGGCGAAACUUAGCUCCAAAACCGCCGCCUUCCGCAGGCGUUUCCACCGAGGAAAAGGAAUCUAUCGUACGUCCGCUAUCCAGAACCUCCACUCUUUCCACCCCUUUGCUGAUGCAAUUAAGGGUGAUGACCUGCUGCUUGUGGGGGCCGAGGAUUAUAUCCGUAUAAGAAUUCAACAGCGCAACGGCAGGAAGACCCUUACCGCUGUCCAGGAAGACCUUACAGCUGUCCAAGGGAUUGCUGACAAAAAUAAACUAGGGAAGGCGUUUAAGAAGACAUUGGCCUGCAAUGGCGCUGUGAUGGAGCAUCCAGAAUAUGGAGACGGGAUUCAGCUCCAGGGCGACCAGCGCAAGAACGUAGGCCAGUGCCUCGUAGAGAUUGGUCUGGCUAAGGACGACCAGCUGAAGGUUCAUGGGUUUUAA